CCUCGCAAUAAGCGCCCAUCUGUACUCAGAAUGGCCUCAUAAGACGCAAUCCCUUAUCUCGCUUGCCGGCAUUCUCCUGUUCAGUGUUCGACGAAUAACUGUUUGCAGGGUCCGAGAACGAGAAAGACACACAAAAAAUGGUAUUUCAGCUGGACCCUUGGAAACGCCACAAAAUCCCCCGCCAGGAAUGUUUUCAUCGUGUUCCGGGUUACCGUAAACAUCAACAUGCAGGACCACGGACCGGGCCACGCGCGGGGAACCUGCCUUGCCGCCCUCUUAGCUGCAAAAAAGUGAAUUGCCUAGACCAAACAUCUUGUGCGGCUGAGAAACGACUGAGACACUGGACGGCACGCACCUGGUAGACGGGCACGACGGUUAACCACGCGGGAUGGGUUACCCCGCCCGCUUCUAGUCUCAAUCCGGCGAGGGAUUCUCAGAGAUUGUGAGGAUUCUCACGAUCAACUGAUCCCGUUCCCGUUUGAGCUGAGUAGGUAUCAUGAAAAUUUCGAAAAAAAGGCGUCAUGAAAUGGCAUGAUGGGCAAUGCAGCUGACAGCGCCUAGAAGGUCCAGAAGCAACCGCAGGAGAGACAUCGUGAAACUCUAAAUGGCACGCAGCUAUGGGCCUACGGCAACACGAAUGGCUCAACAUACUCGGAACGAGGAGCUGAACGCCUUUGCUGCAUUUUGGCUUGGUGAUGUGCUGGUUUUUGGCCGCAUUGAGGAAUCGAGACGACGGAUUCAUUCCAAGAGUCGGUGAAGGUCGAAGCGAACGGAAAACUCAGAGAAUCUUGUGCUUUUGAGCGUGGAAAUACGGCUUGGUUUCGAGUAUAAGAGGAGAGAUGAGAACUUGGGAAUCAGAUAUUCUCUCUUGCUCACCAUCACUCACUUCACUCUCAAUCAUCUACUCUAAUCACCAUUCUCAACACUUGAACACUGCUCUUCGUUCAGUCUAAGAACCCUCAGCUUCAUUAACAUGUCUUCUUCCCAGCAGCCCCCUAGGCCCCUCAGCCACUUCUCUCCUGUCCCCGUAUCCGCUGUCUCCGCCUUGUAUGACAACGACAACAAGAUCCUCUAUCUCAAGGCCCAAGGCAAUGCCCUCAACAUCACCACUGAUAUCCAAAUCGUCCGCCUGCAGCAACUCGGCGGCUUGCUCUUCGAGGUCGUGGGAUGGGUCGGCCCCAUCAGCGAAGGAACCCGCCCUUACACCGUAUCCAAGACCUUCCCCAUCGACCUCCCCAGCCGCGUCUUCCCCUCCGGCUCCGUCGUCAUCAAGGGCGCAGACAACAAGCAGCUCACCGUCAAGAUCGAGCCUCUCCUCAAGGACGGCGGCAACAACGCCAAGCUCCAGACCUCUUCCAACGCCCAGGCCGACUUCGAGAUCCCCGACGUCAAGCUCAUCCCCCCCACGGAGCCCAUCAUCACCAAGCUUGGACAGGGUUUCACCGUCCGCCAGAACGACCAGUUCAAGGGCCAGGGAGGCAGCGUCGACAUCUUCUUCAACUCGGCCUUUGUCAAGCUGACCAACGCCAGCAUCGUCGAGAACCAGAUUGAGUGGACCUUCGACACCCUGCAGACCGGCAACUCCCAGGUCAUCGUCUCCGUCUCCCAGCAAAACCCCCGCUUCUCCUACCGCGUGGUCCGCAACGUCAUCAUUAAGCCCGCCGCCUCUACUGAGGCCCUCAAGCCCCUGGCCCUCUUCUCUGUCAACGACGCCUCCAAGGCCACGCAGGACAACACCGAGGCCGAGAUCGCCAAGUCCGGAAACAAGGACUCCAACAUCGUCAUCCCCUCCUGGGACGUCGCCGUCAACAUCGGCCUCCAGGCGAUCCAGAAGCAGUUCCCCAGCGCCAAGUUCCAGACCGCCACAGGCCGCUCCCCGACCGGCGCCGGCGUCGAGCAGCCCUACGAGCUCUCCCUCGUCACCGUCGUCGCCCGCAUCGACAACGACAAGAUCGCCACCGUCAGCACGGACGGAUUCCUCAACUUUGGCCCCGUCCACACCGCAAAGGCUCUUAUCGGCGUUGAAACCUUCAACUGGCCUGUCAAGGUCAACUCCAACGAUGUCUUCUCCAUCGCCCGCAAGGCCGGGUUCCGGGAGCCCGUCAACAACAUUGCGCUCUCCAAGCCCGCCAGCGGCCCCUCCCUUGAACAGCCACUCUACACGCUCACCCUCGGUGACUUGAACGUUCAGAUUGGAGCUACCGAUGGCAAGAUUCUCAGCGAGAUCAAUGCUUAA